GUAUCAGCAGGUAUAGUAUAGUCUCACUUUGACUCCGCAACUGAGGCUGGGUUGUAUUUGCAUGCUGGACUGCUCCAAAGUAAGUGGUCCAUAAGUGAAGAGUCGUGAGAGAGCAUUUUCUGUGAGGGGUAAAGAUCGCCUUCAACGAACGCAGCUGGCUGAAUUGAAGGAAGGAAACAUGGAGUGGAGUCGUCGAAAUUCUCGAGAGCGAUUGAUAGCAGAAAGAAAAAGCCGCGGCUAUAAGAUGCCCUGAACAGAUCCUCUGUCACGGCUGAUCAGGGAACACAAGGGAAGCAAAAUCAUCUGGAAGUGAUCAAACAAGCUAGCACGAUGGCAAACCAGGCGGGAGAAUCAUUUCACGUUUUAAUCCUAGGAGCAGGCUCAGCUGGAAUGCUGAUAGCACAUGGUUUACAGAAGCGAGGAAUAUCAUACACGAUCUAUGAACGUGACAGCGCCCCUGCUUCGCGAGCUAGGGAUUGGAAUUUUGGUAUCUAUUGGGCUCAGGAUGCUCUGAAGGCUUGUCUCCCAGUCGAACUGUACAGCCAAAUUAGGGAUGCGCAGAUUGACGCGCACGUUCCCUCAGACAAAGACGUUCUGAGAGUCUACAAUGGUGCCACGGGAGAAGUCAUGACAGAUAUCCCAGUCCCUUACAAUCUGCGGCUGCAGAGGCGCAAGUUCAUCAACCUGAUUGCUCAAGGCAUCAAUGUUCAGUACAAUAAAAAGGCCAUGGGAAUCCGUACCUCCGAACAGAAAGUGGUGGUCGAGUUUGACGACGGUACUGAGGUCUCAGGCCAUCUCCUUAUCGGUUGUGAUGGCGCUCACUCCCGGGUUCGACAAUUCCUCUUUGGCUCGAAAGAGGCUGCUUUGACCCAGCUGCCUUACACUGCGAACCACAUGGUCACGCGAUUGCCCCGAGAGGUUGCGAUGCGACUCAUAGAAAUGGCACCCAGGUAUUCAUGCUCGGUGCACCCGGCUGGAUGGUUCUGCUGGCAUGGCUUGCAUAGCAAAAACGACUCUGAAGAUCCGGCAGACUGGGAAUUUCUCCUCAGUCAAUCCUGGAAAGGCCCCGCGAAAGGUGUGGAAACAGUCGCUAAUGUCCGGGAGAGGGGUUUAUCGUUUUUUGAGCCUCUGAAAUCUGUGUUUUUGGGGAUCCCCGACGACACGCCUAUCUGGGAGAUCCCGUUGGCAUGCUGGGAAACGAAGCCGUGGGACAACCGCAGUGGGACCGUGACUCUUGCGGGUGACGCGGCUCAUCCGAUGACGUUCCACCGUGGACAAGGUCUGAACAACGCUAUCUUAGAUGCUGCCCGAAUUUGCGCCGCUUUCGACAACAACUUCGACGGUAGUACGAAUUCUACGGCUCGACUACUGCAGGACUACGAGUCCGACGUUUGGAUACGGGGAAAGGAAGCGGUCGAACUAUCGCGCGAGAACACUGAGCAGGUCCACGACAUUUCUCGUUGGGAAACGUCAAUCCUGAAGGCCAAGGGAGCCAGUGCCGAGGACAGAGAAAAGGCUUCACAUCUGGCUGUAAAUGCGCAAAGCGGUCAGGCUAUUGCCUAAGUGCAUCGGCCAGGUCGAUGAGAUGAUUCUUUCGUAAAAGGUCGAUUGAAAUUUUUAAGCAAGCCGGCGCGCAGAAAUACAGGGAAAGAUUCGGGAAAGCAGAGCACAUGUUGUUGUCAUGAAUACGGACAAAUUACUUGCAUAACUUGGUGCUUCAAUCCCAUCCAAUUGCAGCUUUUCACUGUGUU